UUCUUGUGAAUCCAUUUUAGUUAUAAGCUAGGAAAAUGAUCUUCAAAGACUUGCUUGUUCCAAAGUAUUUUUGCCAGUUAUUCAGUCAGCACUGUCUUGGAGCUGUAUCUGUCAAGUGCUGUAGCUGUGCCCAUAGGCAGCAGAAGGCUCACGUACACACAUUAAAACCGCAAACUUGUUUUAUCACCACACCUAUAUAUUAUGUAAACGCAGCGCCACAUAUAGGUCACCUUUACUGCAGCCUCCUCGCAGAUGUUCUGUCCAGGUGGAAUAAUUUCAAGGGCAUACAGACCUUUGUCUCUACAGGUACAGAUGAACACGGCUUGAAGAUUCAACAGGCUGCUGCAGCUAAACAAAUGGACCCUUUGUCUUUCAGUAAUCUGGUUUCCUCCUCAUUUAAGUCACUUUUCGAUGCUUCUGGCAUAAGAUACUCCAGAUUUAUCAGGACCACUGAACCAGACCAUCAUGCAGCUGUUUCUGCUUUUUGGAACAGACUUCACGAAAAGGGACACAUUUACAAGGGAAGCUACUCUGGUUGGUACUCUGUGUCUGACGAAGCUUUUCUCACAGAUGCGGAUGUUGAAGAGAAAACCUUAUCAGAUGGCAGCGUUGUCAAGAUUUCUAAGGCCAGUGGACAUGUGGUGACGUGGACAGAGGAACAGAAUUACUUAUUCAAACUGACAGACUUGCAGGCUGAUCUCAUCCAUUGGCUGAACACGUCAAAACCCAUUUUUCCACAGCGCUUUGAGCCAGCUGUGCGAAACAUGCUUCAACACUUGCCUGACCUGUCCUUGACACGAGACAGAUCCAGGUUGCCAUGGGGGAUACCAGUCCCUGGUGAUGACACCCAGACAAUCUAUGUCUGGCUGGAUGCCUUGGUCAAUUACUUGACUGUCACAGGUUACCCAAAUUCGGAGUGUAGCCAAUGGCCACCAACAUAUCAAAUCAUUGGAAAAGAUAUUCUUAAAUUUCAUGCAGUCUAUUGGCCAGCAUUUUUGAUAGCAGCGGGGCUUGAGCCUCCUCCCAAACUUGUUGUCCACUCUCAUUGGCUAGUGGACAAUGUCAAGAUGUCCAAAAGUCUGGGGAAUGUAGUGGAUCCAGUCGACAGACUGAACAAAUACGGAGUGGAUGGAUUGAGAUAUUUUCUUCUAAAGGAAGGAACUCUGGACUCUGAUUGUACUUACAGUGACCACAGGAUAGCCGAGAGAAUUAACACAGACCUGGCCAACACAAUGGGCAAUCUUUUGGGACGUCUAACAGCGCCUUCGGUGAACAAAAAGCAAGAGUUUGUCGCCCUAAAUCAGGAUGACCUUUAUGAAUUUCUGUCGGCUGAAGAGCGAGAGAAAUACAAUGAAAUUUAUAAUCUGCCAGACAAAGUAGAUCAGCUGUUUGCAGAGUUUCACUUCAACAAAGGCAUUGACCUCAUCAUGGGCCACCUCCAUUGGGCCAACAGCCUUGUUCAGUCCCACGCCCCCUGGGUGCUGAGUAAGUCUGACAAGCCCCAGGAUGUUGCCCAACUAAACAUGAUACUCCACGUCGCCAUGGAGACUCUCAGAGUCUGUGGCCUGCUGAUGCAGCCAGUGAUGCCAGAGCUGUCUGACAGACUUCUGACAAGACUCGGUGUGCCUGGGAAUGAACGACUUUUUUCACAUGCCAAAACACCUGCUUUGGGUGGCUACAGUAACUUGGGACAAAAAAUCAUCCUACAGAAAAAGAUAGAUUCAGUAUAGACAACUUAAAGAGACUCAAUAUGAGUGACAUUGUUGCUUAGUAUGUGGCCCAAUGAUUCACUACCAUCUGACCUGUGAGGAAAAACUGUUAUCAUGUCACUAAACAGUUUUCCAAAGAUAAAACUUGCGGAGGGCAGCCUGCUGCUGUGAUACAUCGUGCAUAUAAAAAUGGUUUGUCUGCUCUCGGAAGAUUAAGGACUGUGAUCCGAGAUGUACUUCUGUUAUACAAAGAGACUGUUUCUGUCGCAGGCAUCACUUAAUAGUGAAAUGUAUUCUUACAGUGUUAGUGUACUGCGAUCCAGUUCCUAAAGAUCACACACUUUGAACUAAUAUAAGUGGGAAGUUGUUUUUUUUUCCUUACACAUUAAAGUAUAUUAGUUCUCUAACUGUAGUUAUAAUAGAAAUUUUUAGAAGUUUUUCUGAUUUAUUUUAUACAGAUACCAUUUUCUUGAAGUCCUAUGAAUUACAUUUACAAACUUAACUAUUUAGUGAUAUGAGAUGCUACGGACUCAUUUUAGAGAAUCCUAAUCCUCCUUUGCUCAGUUAUCACCUGGUGACCCCCCCCCCCCUUCCCUUAUGUUCACCAAGAUCAACCAAAAUUAUGAUUUGAAAAAUAGCCACAUUUAUCCAUGAUACAUUGGGAUUGUAUUGGAGGCAUUUAAAGAACUACUCUACAGCAUAGUGUUGAUCCAGUAUGUGUCUUGAGGAUCUGAUCAUGAUGAUAUUAUCUAAGCAGUCUUUGUUAAAAGUUAAAGUUUAGAAAAAAAAAAUAUUUACAAUUGCUGUUGUCUUUCUCCUGUCUUAAAGUCAUUUGCAGACAAGUCUUUAUAUUCAUUUCUGCUAUUUUUUAGUCUGUCCUUUAGUGUCCUUAUUUCUUUUAUCUGUUUAUUUUUUUUUUUUAAAUCUCUUUUUCUCAUAUAUUUCUUUAGGCUCCAUUAAAUGACUUUCAUAUUUCUUCCAAUUUAUUUUCUUUCUCUCUCUCUCUACAUUUUAUUGCUUAAAGAACGUGAACAAGAAUUUAAGUAAUUUUUAAUAGAAUCAAGGUUUGUGCAUAAAUGUGUUUGAAUUUUGUAUUUAAAAAAAAAAGCCUUUUAAAUAUGAACCAAGGUGAGUAUAGUUACUUGGUAACUAAAA